AUACGAUUAACUGUUAUAAGGUGUUUCCGUAUUUGCUCGGGCUGGGUUAUACAUGUAAGAUAUAUAUAAACUCUUACUCGAUCUCAACAUUCGAUGACGUUGUAAGGGGAUACGGUAGCAAAAGUAAAGAUAGGCAGAAGUGACUUGGAAGUAGGGUGUUAAGUUAAAUAUACCUAUAAGGACACUAUGGAGGAUAACUUGAAGCGUAUAGUCGCUGAGACAACUCGCUUGUGUAGAGAACGUGGCCAGAAGGUGGACCCAUUUGUCGCAGCGUACGUGGCAAGCUUGGAGGAUGCGCGCGGCAGUUUGGAUGUGCCCGGAGUGCGCCUGGAUUCCAAGCUAUCAGCGGAGUCUGUGGCAGCCAUCGGAAAGCAAAUAGCUGGUAUUCUGCUACGUGGCGCCGAUCCACGUCUUAAAACAGCAAUGAUGCAGGUCCUGAUGGAGGCUGCCUACAAGCAACAACGCGAGCUCGUAGAGAAGGAGACAACCGAGCAGCAAGAGCGUGCAGGCAUGCUACAACGAGCUAUCACCGGCCCACGUGCGCUCAAGGGCAACUCCGCGGACGCGUACGACCGCUUCUACAAGCUGGUGCUGGAGGCGGUGUGUGUGGAGGCGGGCAUGGAGGCGGCGGUGCAAGACCAGGCAGCAAACGCAGAGGUCCGCGCCGCCCUCGAAUCCGUCUUCCCGGUCUCCGGCGUGGCCCGCUUCCUCACCCUGUCCGAGGCCGAGCGGCUGGCUCAGCUGUCGGAGCUAGCGCGCAUCGCCACCGGCAUCUGCCUCUACAACCGCUCGCUGGGGCAGGGCGGCGCGGCGCUGCCGGCGGCGGCGGCCUCCUACCUGCCGCAGGCGCACCGCUUGCUGCGGGACAUCAACAGGUGCUGCUCGGAUGUGAGCGAGCAGCUAGUACGGCUGCAUGCCAUGGUGUCGCAGCUGCCGCCCCCGCCCGCUGCGGACGACAAGGAGACUGCCGCCGCCUCCGCCGCCGCUGGGGAGGAGGAGCGGCGGCGGGCGCUGCUCCAUGCGGAGGUGCUCAAUAGGGGGCAGGCGCUGCAGCUGUACGAGUCCCUAAAGGCGGACCUUCAGGAGGGUCUUGACGCCGCCCAGCAGCUGGAUACGGAGCUGGAGCACACCAUCCUGCAGGUCCAUGACGCCGUGGGCGGCUCCAGCGCGGUGGGCAAGGAGGUGGUGUACCCCCUGUUCGACCGGCUGGGCGCGCUGCACACCGGCCUGCACCAGGAGCUGCGCAUGCUGGUGGUACGGCAGCGGCUGUACGACGAGCUGAGCGGGCUGUCCGCCCUGCCGCCCAACAGCGUGCUGCUGCCCUCCACGCCCUCGUCCACCGAGUCGGGAGCCAGCAAGCGCUCCACGGCCGUAGGCACCUCCACCGCUGCUGACGCCCUAGCGGAGCAGCUCUCCGAAACCACCCUAGCCGGACUAGACGCAUUAGAGAACGGCUCGCGAGCCGCAUCAGGCGAUGGUGCCGCAGACGCCGGCGGCAGCGGCGGCCUAGAGUACAUCCGCCCCACCUCGCCCUCGCAGCUGCAGCCAGGGCUGGCGCUGGCGGGGUUCUGCGCGGGCACGCUGGCGCGACGACCCACGGGUCGCUACCCGCUGCUGCGGCGCGCCAACCCUCGCCUGGGCUACCUGGCGUACCAGGACAAGGUGUACGGCUUCGCCACCAACGCGGACAUGCAGGCCUUCCUGGCCGACCCGGCGGGCUGCCUGGCGGAGGUGGACGGCGCGGUGCGGCGGGAGCCGCUGCUGGCCCGGCCGCUGGGGCUGCCGCCGCCGCGAACCACCGCGGACGUGCACGCGGUGCUGCAGGCCAUGUCCGGCACGCUCAAGGUGGACUUUGGCUGCCAGACUCCCGUGCACUUCCUGGAGCGCAAUAUGGACAAGGACUACGAGUGGAACGUGUGGGCGCUGCGGCGGCGCGCGCUGGCGCUGGCCAACCUGCGCGACAAGGCCACCCACAGCGCGCAGACAGCGGAGAGCCACUUCAAGCGCGAGAACGAGACGCAGGUGUGGCGGCCGCGUGACGCCACCGUCCAGACGCGUGUGUCCAAGGGCCAGAGCAUGCCCCGCAAGCUGCAGUACGUGGCCGGGCUGCGGGGGGCGCCCGACGUGAAGAUGAACGUGGUGCGGUUGGAGCUGGAGCUGGGGCAGCCGCACCAGCACUGAGAGGGUGGGGGAGGGGUCAAGGAAGUGCUUACCGGUAACCACAAGUGAGGGGGGUAAGAAGGAGGAAACUGACGAGCUGGGGCGGGGGAGGCUGAAUGAGCAACAAGCAACCAGCCAUGAUGCCUGCUGUACGCGAGCCGACCUCCGCACUGAGAGGCGGGUAGAAAGGGGUAGGGGCAGGUGGGGGGCUGGGGGUUGAUUGGUAAGCCAAGCACACGAAUUGCAAUGCCCGGUAGGGGUGAGGGAAGGAGGCUUGACAGGGUGGAAGGGGGAGGUAGGUUGCCGGACUGAGCCUGCGGGGGAAGGGGAACCCUGCAACAUGGGAAGUCCUGGGGGUUAGGCAUGGGAGGUUUGGGCCGGGGAUUAGCGGCUACAGGGUCGCAGCUUUCUUAACCCCAACCUUCCCGAGGUGGCUGAUUGAUGCGCUGGCAGUGUGCUUGCCAAUAGCUGCGUAGUUCUCUUGUGUUCGCGCCUCUUUAGCUAGGUGGUCGCGCGCGGGGCUCCUUGGGAACAACAGUUUGUGGUGGAGUAAGGGAUGUCUGCUCUGCCGUGUUUCUAGCCAUGAGGAUAUGGCGAGGUCUGCGGAAACCGGUAUGUUAACUGCUGGGUAAUCAUGGUUUCAGGGCUAUGGCAUCUGCGGGGCUUCGGGGUUGAUGUAUGCUACCAGGGAACAUAACUUUGUGUGUGUUAAGAAAACUGGCCGCGUGUGUGUGCAUGGACUGCAUGGUUAGACCCGUCCGCACUGGGUUUAGGACAGGGGAGCGAACGGUGGAUGGCUCCUACAAGGUUAACCAUCCUUGCGCAUAAUUGAUUCCUGUGAGGCUGACGUACUGCAAUGGUGGCAGGCGUGGGUGUGCAAUCUGCGGAACGGGCGCCGAGCGGCCGAGGACUUGUCCUCAUAUAACCAAGGCGCAGCUCCUGGCACGCGGUUCUGGCGAGCAUUAUGGCAAAGAUAAUGCCAGUGCAGGCUAGCUUUGCACGCUAACUCGUUCGCCUGGCAGUAAGCGGAUGUUUGAUGAGCCUCAACCGUUUGGUCAAACCUGGUCACCGAUGUACGUAGCCACGGGCUCAGUCUUUUAAUUGGAUGGAAGGAAGUUACGAAUAACUCCUUGCU